CCCGACAUCAAACGGGUCGUAACCAGAUUAGACCCGUUAAACCUCCUUUUAAAAACACGCUCUCUCUCUCUCUCUCUCUUCGAAGAGCCCUAAUUCUCUUUCGUUGGAUUGCAUUUACAAUUUCGAGUUUUGAUUGGCUUUAGUAGCAAUAAGGGAAACUAUUACUCAAUAGCAUGGCCACCAAGCCACAGAUGUCUGGUGAGGGUUUCAACGCAAUUGCGGGCAUGUCAAGGAGCCAGCUCUAUGACCUUAUGUCACAAAUGAAGCUUUUGAUUGAGCAGAAUCAUCAGCAAGCAAAGCAAAUUUUGAUAGAUAACCCUAUGCUUACUAGAGGUCUUUUCCAGGCACAAGUUAUGCUGGGAAUGGUGCUGCCUACUCAGCCGGCUAACAUUCAGAAAGUGUUAUCACAACCACAGUCAGCACAGUUGGUACAGCAAUCAAAUGUUCAAUCUACCCAAUCUCUGCCACCUCAACCAAGCCAUCAAGUUCAAAGUAAUUCAUCUCACCCUUCAGUUUCAGCUAGGCAGCAACAGCUACCUCAACAAUCCAUUUCCCAGCCAUCUGCUUCACUUCCGCCAAUGAGCAUUCAUUCACAGACAGCACCAUCAAUUCCUCCAUAUUCAGCUCAGCAAGCUAAGGGGCCUUCUAAUGCUCAAAUUCCUUCAAUGUCAGCUCCACAGUCAUCUCAACUUCAUAAUUUGCCUUUACCUCCACCUCAGGGUCCUCCUCAUCCUCAAUACUCAAUUUCUCAACCUCAUCAUGUUCCUAUUCUUUCAAGUCAGCCACAGCCAUCUUUGCAGAUGCCUGGAAUAUUCAAUCAACCUAUGCAACCGCCCUUGCCGCAGCAGCCAAGGCCACCUUCCAUGCAGCAGUCCUUUGCUCAUCAGCAUCAUGGACAGAUGCCUCAUCUUGGAUUUCAAACAACGAGUGCACCUCAACAGCACUUAUCACAACCUAUGUUCCAUUCGGGUGGAAACAUUGGAUCUCAAUUCCAGCAAGGACUGCCUCCUCCGCUGCCAAAUCAGCCACCUCCUCAACAUAUUUAUCAGGGAGGGCCACCAAACAUGGGUUCUGAAUACAAUCAAGGUGGGAACUCGAUGCAACAAGAAAGAGGAGGUCCACGUUGGGGACCCGGGGUUCCAGAAAGGGCUUCAGGUGGUUCCCACUUGCCGGGGCCACCCCCUCUCGGCCCUGGCCAAAUGCUACAAGGCUUAGGUGGCGGUGGUCAGCAGCCUUGUCCUCCACCAUUGACACCGGACAUGGAGAAGGCGUUGCUUCAGCAAGUAAUGAGCCUGACUCCGGAGCAGAUAAAUAUGUUGCCACCUGAGCAGAGGCAACAGGUGAUCCAGCUACAGGGCAUGCUUAGGUCGUAAGUAAGAAGAAACUGGAGAGCCAACAGUUUCGAUUAGAGAAAAAAAUUUCGUUGCAUACCGAUUUGUGUUUUUUAGUGUUUGAGCAGUAUUUAUUGUUGCAGGCAAAUGUAGCUUUGCUCUUGUUAGUGGGAGCAUUUAUGAUUGUAUCCAUGUUCGGUGAGUUUGUAUUGUUUGCAAAUGUAGCUUUGCCCUUGUUAGUGGGAACGUUUAUGAUCGUCUCCAUGUUCAGUGAGUUUGUAUUGUUUGCAAAGCCUAAUACAGGGCACUCGAUGGUCAUCUGAUCUCUUUGCCUAGAAAAAGCUAAUGUUGGAUCAAUAUAGAUUGUUUUAAUUGGGUUAUUCAAGAGAUUUUGUUGUGCA